AAAGAAUUUGAUUUAUUUUAGUAACUACAUAGAAGUAUAUCAAAGGAGAGAAGGCGACAAACAUGAAUGAUGGAGAUGUAUCAAAGCAAAUUCAGCAAAUGGUGAGGUUCAUUCGCCAAGAGGCCGAGGAAAAAGCUAAUGAAAUCUCUAUUUCCGCUAAAGAGGAAUUCAACAUAGCCAAGCUAGAGCUAUUAGAAGCAAAGAAGAAGAAGAUUAGACAAGAAUAUGAGCGCAAGGCUAAACAGGUGGAAGUUCGCAAAAAGAUAGAAUAUUCAAUGCAACUGAAUGUUGCGCGCAUAAAGUUCCUACAAGCUCAAGAUCAAAUAGUGAAAGGGAUGAAGGAAGCUGCUUCCAAAGAGCUUCUUCGUGUUUCUACUGACGACAAGACUGCCUAUAAGAAGCUGCUCCUGGUCUUUUCUGACGACAAGAACGCUUACAAGAAACUUCUUCAACCCUUGAUUGUUCAGAGCUUGCUACGCUUGAAAGAACCCUCUGUGCUGUUACGUUGUAGGGAGAUGGAUAAGAGAACUAUUGAGUCUGUUAUUGAAGAUUCUAAACGUGAAUAUGCUGAAAAGGCUAAUGUUCGCUCUCCCACUAUUACCAUUGAUAAGCUCUAUCUUCCUCCUCCACCCUCUUCUUCUGACCCACAUUCUCCUUCAUGGUAA